ACCCAAUCGAAUUGUGUUUGUGAUGGUGGAAUAUUUGCGGUCCGUUUGCAAAUUAUUUAAUUUUUCACGCAAACUUGCCAAUAAGGUCAUUUUAUUCCAACGAUUUUGAUUGAAUAAAGGGGAAAAUAACGUCAAGGAAUAGUUCUCGUGGAAGGGAGAACGAAAGGGGAUAGCUAGAUACGCUUAUUGUGCUGGUAUGUCACACGCGUGAAAGUGAAACCCAAGCGGUUGUGUCUUUGACAGCAUCAUAUAGCUAGCUGACAUAAGCUGGAUAGUCUCACAUUCUUGAUUGAUUAGCUAGCUAGAUGAUUGGUGUAUUGCUGGUUAUAAACCGGGUGGUUCGAGCCCUGAAUGCUUAUUGGCUGAAAACCGUGGCAUAUCAGACCGUAUACCAUAGGUAUGAACAAAAAAAAGGUUUACUGGUCUAAUUACGUUGGUAGCCAGUUUAUAAUAGCAAUAAGGCACCUCGGGGGGUUGUGGUAGCUAAAUGGCCAAUAUACCACAGUAAGGGCUGUAUCCAGGCACUCCGAGGUGCGUCGUGGUAAGAACAGCCCUAGCCGUGGUAUAUAGGCCAUAUACCGUAUUGCUUAAUUAUCUAGAUACCUAUUAAAUGGACAAUGUCAUUGUUGCAUUACACAGUAGAUAACGUUACCCAGCUAGUUAUGUCUACAGAUAGCUAAACGCUGUCUAUGUACUUGAGAUUGUGUGCACUGACAGUUUUCAAUGGCAUCCAUUAACCAGGGGUGUAUCCAUUACGGAAACCGUUUGAUAACCAAACGGAAGGAAAUAGGGAGGGACCAAAGAAAAUGAUAGAGAAAGCAUCCCAUCAUUUCCAUUAUGACGUCUAUGAGAGCACGGGCAGCGACAUUGAGGCCAUCUCCAUUUUGAAGUAGUCAAUUUUCUUCUUCUACUACUUCUAUGAGUUGGCAAACAAACUGAAAGGGUGCAUUCUACCACAUGUAGUGUGCUGUUUGAACAGGUAUAAAGCCAAGGUUGGCCACCUGCAGUUAUGGAAUGUUUGCUCACAAGUAUAAUUCAUUGGCUGAUCCCUCCUGAUGACCUGGAUGGAAUCAUGUGAUCCUUCCUUAACCCAUAGAAAAUCCCAGGCCACCAGUUGACUACUUAAAAAUGGUGGAAGUCCUCAAUGGUGCGGCCCAUGCUAAAACAGGCUUUUUGCCACUAGAGGCCCAUUCUCUAUGGGAGGAAUUUAAUUUGUCCAAUAUAAACUCUUGUUUGCGUUUUCCAAAUUUUGGAGUAAACAGUUUCUGUUGCAAAACGUUUUGCAACAGACAAAAUGUUUUGCAACAGAAGUAUAAUGAUUACACCCCAGGCUGUCAAACUAUGUUUUCCUUUCUUGUGUCAGAUGUUAGUGAAACGCCCCCAGUCAAAUCACAAUGAGUAGCAACAGCCAUCCUUUGCGUCCUCUGGCCUCUGUGUCAGAGAUUGACCACAUCCACCUGCUGUCAGAGCAGCUGGGCGCCUUGGUUCCAGGUGAAGAGUACAGUGAUGUCACCUUCAUUGUGGAGGAGAAACGCUUCCCGGCCCAUAGGGUCAUUUUGGCAGCACGCGGUCACUACUUCAGGUACACCUGUUUGAAUGGUUUUUGUCUUGUUCUUCUUUGCAGUGCAUGAGGUCUUUGGCUUCCCAUGAAAUGUCCGAUGACUGGCACUGUCGGGCAGUUGGCAAUUCAAUUUGAAGUAUUCCCUGUUUUUAGGUGAUAGUGUUCAAUGAGGACUAGGUAACAGUCUAUGAGAUGUCUGACAUCCUUUUCCCCAGAGCUCUGCUCUAUGGGGGGAUGAAGGAGUCCCAGCCGCAGGCGGAGGUGACCCUGGAGGAGACCCGAGCCGAGGCCUUCUCCAUGCUCCUCCACUACCUCUACACGGGCCGGGCUAGCCUCAGCUCAGCCCGCGAGGAGGUGCUGCUGGACUUCCUGGGUCUGGCCCACCGCUACGGCCUCCAGCCACUAGAGGACUCCACCUCAGACUUCCUGCGCACCAUCCUGCACACACACAACGUGUGUUUGGUGUUUGACGUGGCCAGCCUGUACUCUCUGAGUGCGCUCAGUGAAGCAUGCUGCACCUACAUGGACCGGCACGCCCCGGAGGUCCUGGCCUCGGACGGCUUCCUCACACUGUCCAAGGUGAGUGGGAGUAGGCAGGUUCACGUUCAUUAGUAACUAACGGAAGAACAUGGACUGAAACAGGAAGGGGACUGCCUGGACUUGUCCAAUAAGUAAUGCUAAAUUUUGUUUUCCGUUACAAAAUGUUUUCAAACGAUUUUCAUUGUGUGUCCUAAUGAACAAGACCCAGAUGACAAUCAAAAGAAGUAGUCUUAAAUGAAUCUGCUUCUAUCCUCUCCCCUCUCUGUGCAGACUGCUCUGCUGACUGUGGUACAGAGGGACUCGUUUGCGGCGAGCGAGAAGGAGAUCUUCCAGGCGCUGUGUUGCUGGUGCCGGCAGAACGGCGAGGGUGGCGCCACGCAGGACGUGAUGUCGGCCGUGCGGCUGCCGCUCAUGAGUCUGACGGAGAUGCUAAACGUGGUGCGUCCCUCGGGACUACUCAGCCCAGACGACCUGCUGGACGCCAUCAAGACGCGCUCAGAGAGCCGCGACAUGGACCUAAACUACCGCGGCAUCCUCAGUGGGUCUCAGUCUCUGCUGGUCCUGUUCUAGUAGUCAGCAACUAAUAGCUUUAUGUCAGUGGUAGUGUGUGUACUCUGUUUGCGUCUGAAUUCCAUGUGUGUGUCUCUCUUUGUAUUGUGUGUGUGUGUGUGUGUGUGUGUGUGUGUGUGUGUGUGUGUGAGAGAUAUGUAUUCAAUGUGAUGCCUUUGUGUGUUAAAGUCCCAGAGGAGAAUAUUGCCACUAUGAAAUACGGGGCCCAGGUGGUGAAGGGAGAGCUGAAGUCAGCGCUGCUGGACGGAGACACCCAGAACUACGACCUGGACCACGGCUUCUCCAGACACCCCAUAGAGGAGGACGGCUGCGCUGGCCUCCAGAUUAAGCUGGGCCAGGCCUACAUCCUCAACCAUAUCCGCAUCCUGCUCUGGGACAGAGACAGCCGGUGAGAGAGACAUCCACUGUGUUUUAGGGGAUCAGUUUGAGCAAGGCACAAUCGCUUAUCUUCAUCACAUACAGUAGUUAUUUGGGAUUCAAGGUGAUUUGCAGAUCAGUGAUUUUGAUCAGUCUUACUGCCUUGUAGUCAAUCAAACACGCACAGUCCUUUCUCUCUGAAGGUUUCGCUCAACUGAUGAGCAAUGUUUUCAUAGUGUUUUGUAUAUUGCAGUAAUGUUGAUAUCACAUUACAAUCAUAAUGAUAGAGAUACUCUUCAACAUUGCUUUGGGGCAAUUUCACGGUAACAGAGGGAUGCUAUAUGUCAAACAGAAAAAGUAUGAAAAUGUAUGCACUCACUACUGUAAGUCGCUUUGGAUAAGAGCGUCUGCUAAAUGACAAAUGUCAAACGUAAACAAAAACCAAUGAUUGCAAAAUUAAAGAAGUCAUACAACUCUAUGCGCAAUGACUGCUUUUAACAAUUUCCACAGAAAAUUUUACAAAAACACAUUUACUUGAAGAACAGUGCAGAUGCAAAUGACGGUUUGUGCUGCUUGUGCUGUCAUUCUGUUACCAAACUUUGCAUCUGCACUGUUUGGUGAAAAAUCGGAGUCGCAGUAUCACUCUGUUACUGUGGAAUUGCCCUUUGGUAACUGGGAUAUGUAUGGUCCAUCACCCUCUCUCUGUAUUUGAGCAGGUCUUACUCCUACUAUAUUGAAGUGUCCAUGGAUGAGCUGGAUUGGGUGCGUGUUGUGGACCAUUCCAAGUAUCUGUGUCGCUCUUGGCAGAACCUCUUCUUUACACCACGUGUGGCCAGGUAAAUCUUUACCUAUGGUUUUCUCAUGGUUGGCACCAAUUUUGACUUCUGGUUCCACAACAUAGACUUGAUUGUGUCCUUGUGUCCCAGGUACGUGCGCAUUGUAGGGACGCACAACACUGUCAACAAGGUCUUCCAUCUAGUUAGUUUGGAGUGUAUGUUCACACACCACUCCUUCACUCUGGAAAAAGGUAUUCUCGGUAAGGCAAGAAUAUCAACCAUUAUACCAGUGUUAUAUAUGAUUCAUAAAAUACAUUGAUCAACAUUUUAGACUACAUUUAUACAUAUUUACAUUGCUCUGAUUAACAUAAAUAAAUAUCUCAACUCCUCUCACCCAAUCCUCUCCCAUCACUUUAAUGUCUGCAGUCCCCAAUGAGAACGUGGCUACCAUCGCGGCCUGUUCCAGUGUCAUCGAGGGGGUGAGUCGGAGCAGAAACGCCCUGCUCAACGGGGACACGCGCAACUACGACUGGGACUCUGGCUACACCUGUCACCAGCUGGGCUCUGGGGCCAUCGUCAUUCAACUGGCUCAGCCUUACUCUAUAGGCUCCUUAAGGUGUUUACGUGUUUGUUUGUGUGUGUGGGCAUGCGUUUUCACUCUUGCUUUGUGUCUGUCUGCACAGUUGAUACAUUUUUUCAUGUUAAUAAUUGUAUUAUUUUCUUCUAUCUGGACAGACUGCUGCUGUGGGACUGUGAUGAGCGAUCCUACAGUUACUACAUUGAGGUCUCCACCAAUCAGCAGGAGUGGACAAAGGUGGUGGACCGCACCAAGGUGCCAUGUCGGUAAGAACUCCCAGUCUGUCUCCAAGUCUCUCCCUUUCCCAUACUCUUUUCAGAUUAUCUUUGUACAAAUCUGGCCAUUUGAGAUCUUUUAACAGUCUUGUUUUUCUUCAACAGGUCGUGGCAGACGCUCAAAUUCGACAAGCAGCCUGCCUCUUUUAUCCGCAUCGUGGGAACUCACAACUCCGCGAACGAGGUGAGAGGAUUGCGCAUACGCCGUCAUUUUUUUAUCUGCUGUCAUUUUUGUAUUUAUAUCCUUUCCUCAUUCCCCGUUUCUCUUUGUUUUUCAGGUGUUCCAUUGUGUCCACUUUGAGUGUCCGGCCCAAUCUGACAUGGAGCUGAAAGAGGGCAAUCCUGGGCAGCAUUCCAGUUCCACGUCCCAGAACCCCAGACGUGUUCGGCCCUCCCGUACCCACAGCCUGCUCCCCUCCUCAUCCUCAUCCUCCACCUCCUCACAACCCCACCUCUGAGAG